AUGGCUAGCGUUCGUACUCUCAAGAAAGGUGCUGACCUUGUUGCUGCGAGAGCAGCUGUCAUUCACGCUCCCCGCGCCUCUAUCUGCUCCACACUAUUGCGGCGGGAGCUAUCAACCGCCUCGGUGCGGUCUACAGUUCGUGUGCCCAAGGCUCAAAUUGCCAUUCCAGUUACACAGAGAAAGACUCAACUUGUGCGAUAUGCUUCAAGCUCGAGCGACCCUUUGAGCAAGACCCAGCUGUAUGAUUUGCAUAAUACUCACGGCGCCAAGAUGGUGCCCUUCGCUGGGUUCUCCAUGCCUCUUCAAUAUGCCGACUUGAGCCAUGUGGAAAGCCACAUGUGGACUCGUGAGAAGGCCAGUUUGUUUGAUGUCAGCCACAUGGUUCAACACCACCUGAGCGGACCCGGCGCCCUCGAGCUUCUCAUGAAGAUCACUCCCUCAUCCCUCGAUAAACUCGCCCCGAACACCUCUACUCUCUCUUGUCUUUUGGAGGAAGGUACUGGAGGUAUCAUUGACGACACUGUUAUCACCCGCCGUGGUGAAGACACUUUCUACUUCGUCACCAAUGCCGGUCGCCGCGCCGAGGACUUGGCUUUCUUGACCGCGGAGAUCGAUGCCUACCGCUCCAAGCACGGAGCCGACAGCAUCAAGUGGGAUAUUCUCGAAGACCGUGCUCUGGUCGCACUGCAAGGUCCCCAGGCCAUCAGCGUCCUUCAGCCUCUCAUCAACUCCGCCAAUGCCUCCGCGGCUGAGACUGACCUGAGCACUCUAUACUUCGGCAACUGCCGUGAGCUGCACCUGACUCUCCCCGACGGCUCCGCCACUCCAUCGCCUCUCCUGAUCUCCCGUACCGGCUACACUGGCGAAGACGGCUUCGAGAUCUCCAUUCCCACCUCCGUUUCCGCUAGUCUCCCCGAGCAAGUCGUCAACCUCUUCCUUCAGAACAAGGACUCAGUCCGUCUGGCCGGUCUCGCAGCCCGAGACUCUCUCCGCCUUGAAGCUGGUAUGUGUCUUUACGGCCAUGACAUCUCCACCGCACAGACUCCCCCAGCUGCUGCUCUAGGUUGGGUCGUGGGUCGUGACCGCCGCGAUGCCGCAACUGCUACCUUCAACGGUGCUUCCGCUAUUCUCCCUCAGCUCGCCAGCCCCAAGACAAUCAAGACACGCCGUGUCGGUCUUACCGUUGAGAAGGGCUCUCCGGCCCGUGAGGGUGCCACUGUUGUCGAUCUCUCUGACCCUGCCAACCCUGUUGAGAUUGGUGUUGUUACCUCCGGCCUGCCAAGUCCCUCUCUCGGUGGUAUCAACAUCGCCAUGGCCUAUGUGAACACAGGAUUCCACAAGAAGGGUACUGAGGUCGGUGUGAAGGUGCGUAACAAGGUUCGCAAGGCGAGCGUUGUUGGUAUGCCUUGGACUGAGAGCAAGUUCCACCGCCCAUCUUAA